AUGAGUAGGAGGAGCCUCCGUAGCGGUGCGGCUGAGUCAGUGAGGUCUCCAUGCCACUCUCAAGAGUGGCCUUCAAGGUCUCGGUGGGAAAUGGAAGACGCGAGUUCGGUAUGUUUCACGGCUGUGCUACUGUGGGAAGGCUGUCAAAACGCAUACAUCCUGGACGGUUUCUCAUCCGGGAAGGAGGUUUCAAGUAUGUGCAAGGGUAAGUUUAUUUCUCUAGGAAUGGAUGUACAUUUUGGGAAUGGGCUGACCCAGAGAUGUGUGACAGAUCGAAGCACAUAA